ACAGCUGGAGGGAGAGAGAGAGAGAGAGGCAGACCUGUAACACCUGAACGGACUUUAAACGUUAUUGGGAGACGUAACGCGCGCGUUACUUUUCCGUCCCGGGAGAUCCAGAAAUGAUGCCCCGUCUGUCGGGCGGCGGCAGGACAACGUGCGGGACCACUGGCACCUUUUUGUCGGCAUGUCUCGUCUCCGUUUGUCAAGCCCUCCGGAGCUGCGGGGAGGUUCAGUGCGGCGACGGCCAGCAGUGCUGUCCGCCCAUCGUCAACGAGAACGGCAGUGCCAGCUCGGCGGUGCGCUGCUGCAAGCUCCCCAUCCACAUUUUCUUCGACAACGUAGGCUGGUUUACGCGGAAGCUGUCGGGCAUCCUGAUCCUGUUGCUGCUCUUUGCCAUGGGCUACUUCAUCCAGCGAAUCAUCUGCCCGCGGCCCCGCCGGCACCCGCACAAUGACCGCAGCGAGGAGCCCUCCCUCUUCCACCACGGACACGCAUCUGCGUCCCAGGAUUCCCUGCUGGACCGGUACCCCGAAUACAGCCUGGGGGACUUCGCCUCUCCCAACCUGCCAGCCUACGACGAGGUGAAAUACUUGCCCACGUAUGAGGAGAGCAUGCAGGAGAUGCACAGAGACCGGUCCGAUGAUAACUUGCUGUCGGAAAACGAGAGGGGCGGUCAGGGCAGGGUGAGAGCUGCGGGACCGAGAGCUGGAGAGCAGAGACGGGAUGUCCUGGAGGCGUCAGGACCGCAACACAGCCCAAGGACAUCUCGGAACUCUGUGUGAGAUUGGGAGCAAAGCAACAGAGACAAUACAGCAUUCUUAUUUGAAUAUAAUCAGGGUAAUCAUCUUGCAGAGAUAUAAACUCAAGUGCAAUUAUAAUCCUGAAUGUUAAGAAUAAAGGAGGAGCUGAGAAAAUGUACGUGUUUUGUAAGAUUAUAGGGGAUUACUCGCCUUUUGUAUAUGCAAAUGACCGCUUGGGUUAAGCAAUGGAGAUUAUAAAGUAAGCGAAGGCGGCUGGAAUUGACGCUCUUUGUGAUGGGGACAGCUUAUUUGGCUCCGGUACAAUCGCAUUAAGUUUUACUUCAGCACCUCAAUCCUAAAUGGCACUGUGAAACCUUUUUUUUCUUCUGUCAAAUUCUCAUCCUUUCUCA